CAAAUUUGCAGAAAGGCGCGUGGUUAUUAGACAGUUAUAAUCUCUGCCUUCUGGAGUCUGCAGACAGAUCAUGUUCUCAUCCAGCAAGAUGAAACAACUUAAGGUGUCCUUACUGCUGGUGCUAAUGACCUGCUGCCCAAUAUCAUUCUCCUACCCAACUGGGGCACCAAUAUCUGCUUGCGAGACAAUGAAGCCUGGUCAUGUUGGAGUCUACCCUCAGCCAAAACCUGCACCCUACAUAAUGAAGAUCAACUCUAGUUCCUACCAAAGUGGCAAACCAAUACAAGUACAAAUACUGGGCCCUCCAUAUAGCGGAAUCUUGCUUCAAACCCGGACAUUUUCAAAGACUACGCUGUACGGGACAUGGCUUGAACCUCCAAAGGACACCAAGAUAUUGGCGUGUCCUGGAAAUACGGUUGGUUCUAUUACACACGCUAACACCAACCUAAAAAACCAGUCGACUACGUAUAUUUGGAUGCCACCAAAUUCAAGUUGCCCGAAUGUCUUGUACUUUGUAGCCACAGUAGCGGAGUCAUUUAAUGUCUACUGGCUCGGAGUCAGGUCUGCUAUUAUCUAUAGAGAUCCAGCAGCAACAUGCAGCAUGGAUAAAAACACUGGGCAAUCAGGACUGUUCUUGGACAGUAGUGGACUGGCCUGGGAGCCGGCCCUUUACCCAUUUGUGUGCCUUCAACUUGUAUUGUUCUUGGUAGAGUGGCCCCUUUUGCUAUGAACAAUUGCUGUUUCAUCAUCACGAGUAAAGACAGAAAGUCAUUUCCA